GUUAGAAUAGAAUGAUGUCCAUGAUUCGAAUGUCGAAAGACAUAUUACGGAUGUCUUUUUUAUGUCCAAUUGCACGUUGUCACAUAAUAAACGAUUUAUGGAUAUUCAUAUGGACGUCCUUUUCAUGUCUGUAUCGAUAGAUAUCAAUAAUGGAACUCAUUUGCAUAUCCAACGGAUAUCCUAUGUUUACUGGUGGAAAAGUCGGUAAAAGACAUGGACAGAUUUUGCUUUUCGCUUUUCUUAUAUUUUUUGCUUCCGCAACUAGAGUGGACAUGUCUAUUAGUAUUGUAGCCAUGACUGAUGACAGAGCAAGUGCCAAUGAGGAUAUAACGACCUUCAAUUGGACAGACAAAGGCCUAGUUCUAUCUUCUUUUCUGUGGGGUUACAUGAUACCACAAACUGGAGCCGGCUGGUUGGCCAACAGAUACGGUCCCAAAUGGUUUCUUGUGGCUGGGAUGACCACUUGCUCCUUAUUAGGACUCCUUCUCCCAACUCUGGCAGUAACUUUCGGAUCCUACGGUGUAAUGGUUUGCAGAUUUUUUCAAGGUAUUUGCCAGAGCUGUGUAUAUCCAUCGGUUCAGACGUUAUUGGGGAAAUGGGUACCAAAGAACGAGAGGAGCAGGUUAGGCAGUUUCGUUCAUGCAGGUGGACCUGUUGGUAUGCUGACAGGUACCUUGCUCAGUGGUUACAUAGCAUCAAGUUAUUAUGGAUGGCCCAUGGUUUUCUACGUAUUUUAUUCAACGUUGUUGUCGUGGUGUAUCCUUUUCGCUUGGGUUGGCACCAAUUCUCCAAAAGAUCAUUCGACGAUAUCUCGGGCAGAGAGAUUAUAUAUAGAAAUCACUCUCAAUCAGGAAAAACAUACUGAG